GGACAUGACAAGACCUGAUGAAUCUCUGGAAGUCGGUCAGUGCUGAAAAAGCCUUCUUUAUCAAAGCAUCAAGAGAGUUCAUAGAAGUUUAAUAUGAGUCAGAAAGGGGAAAUGUCUAUAUGAAAUUAGUAGUAGGUAUAGUAAUAAAGGCAUGCUUAUUUGUGUGCUUAGUUGCAGCUACAAUUUGGUAGUAGUAUUGUUCCCUUGUUGGCUGGUUUGUUGUUACGUUUCAAGAGGCAAAUGCUGCUUUGAGUAACUUUUUCCAUGGAGAGGAGGAGGAGAAGAAGAGGAAAGGAGGGAUCAUGUGUCAUUUCCAAGAAAUGAAACUACACGCCUACGAGGAAACUUUUUUCGGACAAACACGCAGACAGACAGACAGACAUCUCGGCAGACAUGGCUUCAGCCAUGAACAUCCCGUGUGAAGAGCAGUUCAGGUGUUCAAUCUGCCUGGAUGUGUUCACUGAGCCCGUCUCUACACCAUGUGGACACAACUACUGCAAGACUUGUAUCACAGAUUAUUGGGCCAGCAAAAACCCGACACAGUGUCCGCUCUGUCAGAAGAAGUUCAGAAAAAGACCAGAGCUUCAGGUCAACACAGAGUUCAGAGAUAUGGUGGAGCAUUUCAACAAAAUGAGGGUAACGGGUGAAUAUGACAUCCUUGCCAAACCAGGGGAAGUUCCCUGUGACAUCUGCUGUGGGCUGAAGCUCAAGGCCCAGAAGACGUGCCUGGUGUGUUUGACCUCAUUCUGCCAGCAUCACCUGGAGCCUCAUCAGAGAGUCACAACACUUAAGAAGCACCAGCUGAUCGACCCUGUGUCAAACCUGCAGGACAGGGUGUGUCAGAAGCACGACAAGAUGUUUGAGCUCUUCUGUCAGGAAGACCAGAUGUGUGUGUGUUUCGUGUGCUUGAAAGAUGACCAUGCAACGCAUAAAGCCGUCCCGUUAGAGCAUGCGUCCAGACAGAGGAAAGCCGAGCUGGUCAAUUUAACAUCAGAGAUAAAAGCGAUGGAAAACGUGAAAUCCCGGUCUAUUGAAAUAUUCGAAUGUUCAAUUAAACAGGGCAAAGAAGAGUCAGAGAAACAAAUAGCAGAAAUUGCUGAGGUUUUCAAUGCUCUUGUGGUCUCUCUACAAAGAAGAGUGCCUGAGUUGAAUGAGUUGGUCCAGGAGAAGCUGCAGAAAGCAGCAGAGAGGCAGGCUAAAGACAAUGUGACACAGCUGGAACAAGAAGUCAGUGAACUGAGGAGGAAAAGAGAUGAAUUGGAGCAACUUUUACAAACUGAGGACCACCUACAUCUCCUACAGAGCUAUCAGCCUCUCUCCUCUCCUGCACACACAAGGGUCCAAGUUGAUCGUCCAUCUCACCUCACCUCUCCCUUUAGACCAGACGUCCCUGAGAUCAGUCAACAGACUUAUGUAGAGAUAGUGAAAAAAGCAGUGGGUCAGAUGGAAAAGAUACUCAGUAAUGAGAUGGAGAUGCUUAUUCACGAGGUCAGGCUUUCAGACGGAUGUGAGGCCACAGCACAACUUUAUGCAGCUGAAAAACCGAUGACAGAUGAGUUUAUUAGGGAAGUCUGGAAUCCUCCUCGGGACGAGUUGCUGAUGAUCCAGCAGUGUGAUGCGGUGGAUGUGACUCUGGACCCCUACACAGCCAAUUCCAAACUCGCGGUGUCUGAGGAUGGGAAACAAGUGAGAUAUCACAAAGGCGGACUGUUUUUUCCUAUUUUAUUCAGGAGAGGAUUUGAAUUUAAUCCCUUUGUCCUUGGGAAAGAUGGUUUUUCCUCAGGCAGGUUUUACUAUGAGGUUCGGGUUAGUAGAAAUAUAGGCUAUGUCUUGGGAGUGGCCAAAGAGUCCAUUAGCAGGGAGGGAUACACCUGUCCUGUGCCUGAGAAUGGAUGCUGGACAUUUACUAAAACCACCAACCAAUUCAAAGAGGAAUAUCUUGGUCAUUUUCUUGAACCUCCUCUGAAACUGAAGCAAGGGCCCCAAACAGUUGGUGUGUUUGUUGAUUACGAGAAGGGAGAGGUCUCCUUUUAUGACGUGGACACCAGGACUCUGAUCUACUCUUAUACAGGAUGUGCCUUCAGUGAGACCACAACAUCCCCAAAAGCUUUUCUCUAUUCUAUGACUGGCACUCCCUUAAGCAACAGACCAAAGCUCUACCCUGUUUUGGGCAUCUCUGGAGGUGAUGACAUACUUGAAAUCACACCUGUGAGAUGCAACACAUCCCAUGUCUCAACCCAUUUGAUUAACAUAUUUUUAGGAUUUGAAAUAAAAAAUCUUAAUCAUCAAAUCCUCUCCUCUUAUCCAGACAUAGCUUCAGCCAUGAACAUCCUGUGUGAAGAGCAGUUCAGGUGUUCAAUCUGCCUGGAUGUGUUCACUGAGCCCGUCUCUACACCAUGUGGACACAACUACUGCAAGACUUGUAUCACAGGUUAUUGGGCCAGCAAAAACCCAACACAGUGUCCGCUUUGUCAGAAGAAGUUCAGAAAAAGACCACAGCUUCAGGUCAACACAGAGUUCAGAGAUAUGGUGGAGCAUUUCAACAAAAUGAGGGUAACAGGUGAAUAUGACAUCCUUGCCAAACCAGGGGAAGUUCCCUGUGACAUCUGCUGUGGGCUGAAGCUCAAGGCCCAGAAGACGUGCCUGGUGUGUUUGACCUCAUUCUGCCAGCAUCACCUGGAGCCUCAUCAGAGAGUCACAACACUUAAGAAGCACCAGCUGAUCGACCCUGUGUCAAACCUGCAGGACAGGGUGUGUCAGAAGCACGACAAGAUGUUUGAGCUCUUCUGUCAGGAAGACCAGAUGUGUGUGUGUUUCAUGUGCUUGAAAGAUGACCAUGCAACGCAUAAAACCGUCCCGUUAGAGCAUGCGUCCAGACAGAGGAAAGCCGAGCUGGUCAAUUUAACAUCAGAGAUAAAAGCGAUGGAAAACACUAAAUCCUGUAGUAUUGAGAUGAUCAAACACUCAAUUGAACAGGGCAAGGAAGAGUCAGAGAAACAAAUAGCAGAAAUUGCUGAGGUUUUCAAUGCGCUUGUGGUCUCUCUACAAAAAAGAGCAGCUGAGCUGAAUGAGUUGGUCCAGGAGAAGCAGAAAGCAGCAGAGAGGCAGGCUAAAGACUAUGUGACACAGCUGGAACAAGAAGUCAGUGAACUGAGGAGGAAAAGAUCCGAAAUGGAGCAACUUUUACAAACUGAGGACCACCUACAUCUCCUGCAGAGCUAUCAUUCUCUCUCCUCUCCUGCACACACAAGGGACCAAAUUGAUCCUUCAUCUCACUCCACCCCUCCCUUUAGACUAGACAUCUCUGAGAUCAGUCAACAGACCUGCAUAGGGAUGGUGAAAAAAGCAGUGGGUCAGAUGGAAAAGAUACUCAGUAAUGAGAUGGAGAUGCUUAUUCACGAGGUCAGGCUUUCAGACGGAUGUGAGGCCACAGCACAACUUUAUGCAGCUGAAAAACCGAUGACAGAUGAGUUUAUUAGGGAAGUGUGGAAUCCUCCUCGGGACAAGUUGCUGAUGAUCCAGCAGUGCGAUGCGGUGGAUGUGACUCUGGACCCCUACGCAGCCAAUUCCAAACUCACGGUGUCUGAGGAUGGGAAACAAGUGAGAUAUCACAAAGGCAGACUGUUUUUUCCUACUUUAUUCAGGAAAAGGUUUGAAUAUAAUCCCUUUGUCCUUGGGAAAGAUGGUUUUUCCUCAGGCAGGUUUUACUAUGAGGUUCAGAUUAGUGGGAGUACAUGCUGUGUCUUGGGAGUGGUCAAAGAGACCGUUAACAGGCAGGUAUUCGGCUGUCCUCUGCCUGAGAAUGGAUGCUGGACAUUUACUAAAAUCACCAGCCAAUUCCAAGAGGAAUAUCUUGGUCAUUUUAUGGAACCAAGCCUGGAACUAAGCCAAGGGCCCCAAACAGUUGGUGUGUUUGUCGAUUAUGAGAAGGGAGAGGUCUCCUUUUAUGAUGUGGACACCAGGACUCUGAUCUACUCUUAUACAGGAUGUGCCUUCAGUGAGACCACAACACCCCUACAAUCUUUUCUCUAUUCUAUGACUGGUCUGUUUGGUAGCAGACCAAAGCUCUACCCAAUUUUGGGUAUCUAUGGAGAUGAUGACAUGCUUGAAAUCACACCUGUGAGAUGCAAUACAUGUGUCUAACCAUGGGAUGGCACAAUUGCUUAACCAGUGUUCUGGUCUGUUUCUCAGAGAUGCUUCUGUAAAAGGAAACAAGGAAUGGACAAUGACAUCAUAGGAACCAAGUUUCAACUAUGGCACUCAGAAAUACUUAAAACGAUUUGUGAAUACAUGAAUUAGUCAAUCUACACAACAAUAAAAUUAGAUAAUUAAGAAAUUGCCAGAAAGUCUCUGGUUCAAGCUUCUCAAAUGUAAAUAUGUACUUGUCCUCACAAGCUUAUGUGAUAAUAAACUAAAUAUCUAUUGGUUUUUAAGUGUUGGUUGAACAAAACAUGUACCUUAAAUUAAUUCAUUUGGGCAUUUUUCAUGAUUUUCCCUAUAAUUGGUUUAAUAUUAGGCUCCAAAAUGCAGUUGAAAUUAUAGAAUACAUACUUUUUCUCACUUUAUGCAAAGUAACAACAACCAUAUUAAUCAGUUACUUCUUUGAAUUUUAGUAUACAUUUGUGAGCAUACAGCAUGUGUUAUUUGAUGUGUUGAUCACUUUGACUUUCACAUACCAGUAUUUUUUUUUUCUAAAUGCAUGCUUUUUUUUUGAAGGCAUCCAUCAUCUGUCUGGCCUGCUUGGCCAAAACAUAUCUGAUAAAGAGCUUCAAAAUCAGGUGUUUAUGUGCUGCGUACUAUGCAACAUAUGUAUUGUACAGCAUAAUAAAGGUCUUUAAAAACAAA